UUCGUCUCUCUCUCUUCUUCUAGGGACUUGUAACAGUAAGAACUUUCGUACGUUUCUCGCAAUCAAAAUCUUCACAAUGUUCUAAAUUCGUCUGUGAUGGUGAGUCCUUCGUAAGAGAUUAGAAGCGAAGACGAAUCAAAUGAUGGUGAACUAUCGAAGGGAGAAUCGUGCUUCAAGAACGUCUCUAUUCGAUGGUCUUGAUGGACUUGAAGAAGGUCGCUUGAGAGCUUCUUCUUCGUAUUCUCAUGACGAACGCGACAAUGACGAAGCUUUGGAGAAUCUGCAGGAUAGAGUUUCGUUUCUCAAGAGAGUGACUGGAGAUAUACAUGAAGAAGUUGAGAAUCAUAACCGCUUGCUUGACAAAGUGGGGAACAAAAUGGACUCUGCGAGAGGGAUAAUGUCAGGAACAAUCAACCGUUUCAAGUUGGUCUUUGAGCAGAAGUCUAAUCGAAAAAGUUGCAAACUCAUAGCUUAUUUUGUACUCCUGUUCUUGAUCAUGUAUUACCUUAUUAGGCUAUUAAACUACAUCAAAGGGUAAAUUUGGAUACAAGAAGAAAGUAGUGUUACACUUACAUGAAUACUUGUUUCGUUUGGAAAUCUAGAACAAUAACUUCCAUUUUUGGGUUUCGCCUGAUGAAUGAAUGAUUCAGACAUAGUAAACAAGUCAAGGGACCCAUAUUAAGACAAAGAAAGAGAUUGUGAAGAGACUAGUGAACCAAUCGAAAGAAAAAUGUUUGAUAGAGACUUGUUUUGUCCAAAGCAAAAUCAUCUCAUGUCAUUUCAUGUAAUGUAGCAAAAGCUUCUUUAUGAUUUGUCAACUAUUUGAUCUUGUGAUCAUGUUAGCAAUUUUGUCUACAAAAAGCUUAAUUGAUUGAUUGAUAAGCUUAAUUAUUAGGUUUCUGUGAAAAAAGUUUAGCACUUGUAAUAAAAACAAGAUAACUUGGCGUCUGAA